GAAUACUUCAGUCGACCUCUUUAUCUUCAUAUUGGUUCGUGAAACGGUAUUAUAUAACCAUGUAGCUCUGGAAUAAAAACGGAAUCAUUUAUUGGUAAAUAUUUCAUGCAGUUGUAAUCAAUAUUUAGUCCCUUUUGUAAGAACAAAUGAGAGGAAAGAAAAACAACACAGAAGAAAACAUGUUUAGUUUAGUUUUUUUGUUUUCAGACAAAAGAAAUGAUAAAUUUCCUAGAGAACACCAAACAUCUUCCGAACAAUAUAGUAAAAGACAUACUUAAAGUCUUGGAACCUGAAAAUGGAGUUCGUAAGGAUCUACAUAAAAGACAGACAUCCUCCUCUCUUCACGCUAUGUUUCAACAGUUGCUAACCAUGCAGGAAUCUAUUCUAGAACAACACUGCACUUCUAGUAAUGGUACCGUUUGUUCUUGGGGAAUUAAAGGACAACCUGGGGCAAAGGGAACAAAAGGACCACGGGGCUUAAGUGGCGUUAAAGGAAACCAAGGAAUACACGGAGCUAAGGGUUUGACUGGUCACCCUGGAUUGAUGGGAGAUCCAGGGUAUCAAGGACCGCUAGGUCCACCAGGCGAUAAAGGACAGAGAGGACCUCCGGGUCUUCGUGGAGAUCCUGGUAUGAAAGGAGAAAAAGGUUUGAAAGGGGAAAUUGGCGAUCCAGCCAUAAUUGGAUUAAAGGGAGAACCUGGAAGCCAGGGCUUAAGAGGACCAAAAGGGGAUAUAGGUCUAAUUGGACCACCAGGCCUGACCGGCGCAAAAGGGUUUAACGGUCAACUAGGAGAAAUAGGUCAAAAAGGAGACCAAGGACCAAAGGGCCCUGAUGGUAAAGUUUUAGAUCAGGACUGUGUUUGUAAAUUAAAACAGCAAAGUAGAAGUGAUCAGGGUAUCCAAGUAGGUAGCAAAAAUAUUGUUAUUGAUUGUAAAAACAGUACAGGAUUUUUUGGCUUGGUCACGUGGACGAAGGAUUCGAGUAGUUUACACCCACGUGUAAAAGUAUCGUCUGAUAAACAUCAAUUGACGAUACCAGAUGUUCUACCAAACGACCAGGGGAACUACACUUGUUUUAUAAAUGGAAGGAAAAUUGCAACAUAUGAAUUGAAGGUUAAAGGUAUUACGCAAUACAACUGUGAUUUUGAAGCAGGAGAUAUAUGUCUAUGGAAACAAGUUCCCAGUGACAAUUUUGAUUGGUUAUCUCAUAGAGCAGGAACAACGUCAACAGCCACAGGUCCAAGUUAUGAUCAUACUAUAGGUAACGUACGAGGUACAUAUUUGUAUAUUGAAACAUCAAGUCACACUCGUCACGAAUAUGCUGAUCUGGUAUCACCAAUAAUGACUGGAAACCAGGACAGAUGUUUAAGUCUCUGGUUUCACAUGUUUGGAUCAGAUAUUGACAAGCUCGAGAUUGGAAUAAUCCAGAAAAACCAAACACCAGCAAAUUACCUUGUGUUGCAAGUAUUAUCCGGUGAGCAGGGAUUUCAAUGGAAUAGAAUGAAUGUUACAUUAUCUUCUUCCUCUGAUUUUGAAGUAGUAAUAAGAGGUUACAAAGGAAAAGGUUACCAUGGAGAUAUAGCUAUUGAUGACAUCAUUGUCUACGAUGGGAAAUGUCAAAACUGAGAGGAAAUAAUAAUAAUAAGUGGAGUUUCCCAUGUAUAAAAAUAUCUACAAACCUAAUAAAUUAUUUGGUUAUAUGAAUA